ACUUCGGCUUAAUAAAUAACUGGUAAACUCAAAAAGUUAAGUGAACAAUACAUCGUCUUUGCAUGCUUUCAAAACUGCAAUUUUAAAUUAUAAGACAAAAUUAAGCAUUGAAAGACCAGUGCAGCUUUUAUAAUAAAGGUAAUUAACUUUUUGUCAAAAAUUAAAAUAACAUAUAACAGAGAAAUUAAGUAAGUGAUUAAUAAAAUAAUACAGGCAACCUCGAAAAUAUAAAAAUUCAAAAAAAAGACAGGUUUAUAAUAUUCCAGAAAGCGAAUAAAUCAGUAGUCGCAGGAAAUAUGAGAUAUGUAACGCUUACUAAAUCCAUUUUCUUUUUUAAAGUAACAGAUAUAACAUUUAUUAUCAGUGUACACACAUUGAUUUUUGGUAAAUAAAAGACUUACUUUUUGUUAGGCUUAUGUAUACAUCUUAAGUAUUAUAGACUUGAGUACAAUUUCACUUUUGCAGCAUCCAAAUAGGAAAUUGUACAUAAGCCUAUUAUAGUCUACAUCCAUUUUGAAAGUGUAUGAUAGUUUUCAUCAGUAGAAAUCUAUUUUUAUCUUUAGAACCUUGAAUUUUGUCUCGCUAAUAUUUUAUCAAGAUAGAGGUCAGUCUAACGAAAUCAGUGUGGUAUUCUUAUUGAUUUUUGGUAUAUCAUUACCAAAAUUUUUGGGAAUCGAUACGAGUAUUUAUCUAAGAAUUCAGAGUUUCGUGUAGUUCAUUUUUUCCGAAAGCUAUGUGGGAAAUGAUGUCUAAUCCGGCUAAUACUUUGCCGCCUAAGUUUGAUGGUUAUGAACCAAUAAAUUAUGAUCCUGCUUUUACUGUCCAAAUUAAUGAAUCUAUGAUUGUACCAAACAAGAUUGGUUUAACCAAGGAAAAUAGCGACACAGCUCCUGGAGGACCUCAAGUUGAACUUGAAUCAAAAUCAAUGAAUGUACCAGCUAAGAUUGUGUUAGAUGGUAAUAACAGACAUAUUGGACUGCCUAAUGAACCUAGACUGCAUUUAGAUCUAAACGGGUUGCCUGACCAGGCAGAAGCUAUUGUAUUAGAGACCCCCCCAAGAACUUUAAGUAUUGGCGAAUCUAAAUUCUCUUCAAUGAGCAAAAUUGAAAAACAGGAGGAGACUGAUCAGUAUCCAAUAAGUGAAGGUUUCAACACGCCGAAAGAUACAGCCUCCAGCAGUGAAAGCCUUUUGGAAGUGUGUGUUGAAGAUAAUAGAGUCUAUGUUGGAGGUGGUGGAGAACCAUUUGAGAAGCAAUCAGAACAGGACUUAGUUAUGAAUAUGCAUUCACGUUUAAAUACAAUAGAGAGACACAUUACUCACCUACAAGAUGAAAAUGAAAAGAUGAAACAACGCGAAAUAAUCCUCUGUACUGUAGUUGCCGGCUAUUUUCUACUAAAGUCCUUCAAAUGGCUUUUUCAUAAGAAUUAACUUAAGUUUUAUUAUAUAAUUGCUUCCCAUUGCACUGGAUAUAUUUUUUUUUUAAUAUCAGCUUUAACUUUCUGAAUUGUUCUCAAGCUUUUUAAAUAUUUUGAGGAGCGAAUUAUAAAAGUCAUUAAGUCAUUAUAAAACGAGACACUGUUGUUUUUGUAUCUCAUUCAUGAAUUAUUCGAGUUUUAUUUACUAGAUCUGCUCGCUUUAUCGAUAUCUUAAAACAAUUGGACGUGAUAAGUCUUUCAUUAACUAAUUGAAAGGUAUUUAUUUAGUCUUUGUUGGGAGAAACCUAAAUCAAGUAUAAAAUUUUAGUAAACUGUAGGAGACAAGAUUCCUAAGAAAUUGACUAACUUAUUUAAGAUAAGAUUGCGCUUUGCAAUCUUAGUAGAAGGGUUUAUGAAAACACUAUCCUUAAGUCUAUCUUACACGAAACUGAACUCGAAUAUGCUAAUUUUUUUCUUAAUGGAAUUAUCUACUCUCUCCAUUGCAGCAUAUAUUAAAACAAUGGAUUCAAUUUGCUUAUACUAUCGAUUUAUAAUCUUCUUCUUUAUUCCAUUGAUCAAUCCCAAAGGAACUCAGGUCCUAAAACUAAAUUAAGGUUCAUUCGAUAAAGUUGUACUAGAAGUGUCUGAUCCUGAUGAAUGAUUCGAUAAACCCAAAGAUUAAUUAAAAUGUUAAGGGAGAUCUGUGAAAGUUCGUUUCUAUAAUAGAUUUAGCACAGAAUAAACGUUUUCUCCAAUAUAAACUAAAAAAUCGUCUAAUGUUUU